UGUAACGGGACGGAACCGGAAGUCGCGAUGACGUAACGGUCAUUCUCCGCUACCUAACGCCAGACAACUGCAAAGAGAAAAAAACUUUGUCUAACUCGACGAAAAGGCCACGAAAAAGUUGAUUAAAGUGCUUCCAAAUGAUGGCGGUCCUGUCCUAAACCGAGCCCAGGUCAUAGAUGUGGAAUUAGGGAUGAACUCGAGGUGUGAAAUCCAGCGGAGGCCCGGCGGCGGCUACAGCGGCUACAGCGGCGGCCCCGUCACCGGCUCCCCCGCUAUGGGAGCGCAGUCGCGCCGCAGGAAGAUGGCGCCCAGACCGGCGGAUUAUAAACUCCAGAUCAUCAUCAUCGGCUCCCGCGGUGUGGGAAAGACCAGUCUAAUGGAGAGGUUCACUGAUGACACCUUCUGUGAGGCUUGUAAAUCUACUGUGGGAGUGGAUUUUAAAAUCAAAACUGUGGAGCUCAGAGGAAAGAAGAUCAGGUUGCAAAUCUGGGACACCGCUGGUCAGGAGAGAUUCAACAGCAUCACCUCCGCCUACUACCGAGGUGCUAAGGGCAUUAUAGUGGUGUAUGAUAUCACCAAACAGGAAACCUUUGAAGACCUGCCCAAAUGGAUGAAAAUGAUCGACAAGUACGCAUCAGAGGACGCUGAGCUCCUAUUGGUCGGGAACAAGCUGGACUGCGAGGCCGAUCGAGUCAUUGCGCGACAGCAAGCCGAGAGGUUUACGUCCCGGAUAUCGGGGAUGCGAUUCUGCGAGGCCAGCGCCAAGGACAACUUCAAUGUGGAUGAGAUCUUUCUCAAGCUAGUGGAUGAUAUUUUGAGCAAGAUGCCUCUGGAAAUGCCCAGUAGAGAACUCUCCAACAGCGUCCUUUCCCUUCAGCCUGAGCCUGAAGAGCCCCCAGAACUGCCCCCUCCUCGCAUGCGCUGCUGUUGAGUCUCAUCUCUGUCCUCCUGCUCAGAAAAAGCCCCACAGUUUCUUAUUAGCCCCAUGCACUUCCAGCAACUGACCACUAGGUGGUGCAGUGCACCUGCAUCGAGGACUUCCUACCCACAAGGAGCUAUGGACUCCAGGGUAUGUGUCAUGGAAGGGCAGUUCCAGGAUAAGCGCAUCCAGCCACAUUUAGACUUUGUCUCCGUACGACGCCGCUGUUAGGUUUCCAACUACAUCCAGACUGACCAACUGACUGUUCUGAUCGUGUUGCUGCGUUACACCUACAAACACAGCACAUGUCCACAACAGUACCUCACAUCCUCACUUUCAGUAUUCAGCAUUGGCACACUUUUACAGAUUCUUACUACGCUCAGGUUUUCUGCUUUUUCAGCAACACCUUUACAUAUAAGCAGAUAAAUGUAAUUUGCUGAGGGGAAAAAAAAGACAGAUAAAUGUCGCUUACACUAUCCACAUUCGAAGUUUGAGCUUUUUACACCAGCCUGCACCCAGAAAAACACUUUCUGCAUCACACGGUUCACUACCAGUGCCAUUUCUGCUACUUCUGACACAAAGCGAUUUACACUAACUGAAGGUUUUAUAGAGAGUCCUAGGGCUGUACGGGGAGAAAGAGAAACUUAGCAAUGACUACAUUUAAUAGCGACAACAAAAAGUGGUUAUUGGGGGCUCUGGGGUUAAAAAGAAUGUGGAAGGAUGACAUGGAAAACCUCAUUGUGGAGCACCUUAUUUUGUUGUCAUUGCAGAUAUUGCCAUGGGAACACACAGAUGUACACACAUAGCUAUUUUUGCUCACUCCACACCACGAGUUAGUGGGGUCACGUUGGUCUGCGAAGACUCCGUGCAUUAUUUAAAAUUGACUGACUUCUUAACAGUGUCUUAGCAUUCGAUGCUUCCUGUAAUCACUAACAAAAGACGGAAAAUGGAGCAGUAUAGAUAUUCGGUUAUGGUUUCAAGGUGUUCAUAAGUAUUCACACCCUCCAUUAAACAGAGUAAUCCUUGAACUGCAUGAAGACUUAAUGUGGCAGCUUUGGUCCUGAUUUUGAGAAACAGGAGUCUGUUUGAUUGUGUACCGAACGUCUAAACCUUGUGUAGCAGUGCAUGAUAUCCACACAGCUCCAAGACCACGGAUUUAAUUUUCAUAUCUAAUAUGAUUUCUAACAACAGCCUUGUAAACCUGUUUAUAACCUAAACUCACAGUAUUUCUCAUGUUUUCAGACAUUUUUAUGGAACGUGUACUAACCUAAAUUUUUUUUUUUUUUGGAGAAAGUGACAGAUAAUUGUUGAUAAAGGGCCUUUAUUUAUCACAAAGUGCUUUUUACUUGACUUAUGUGCAUAAUUGUUUUUACUUCUGUUUUCAUUUGUUUGUAUUCUGGAUUAUUGUAAGACAAUGAGUCAGAUUUACUAAGAAUUUGCUAGAAAUGUUUUCUGUGUUUUUUUUUUUUUUCUUCUUAAGGGAAAUUGGAAUUUUUUUUUUUGAGAGAGAGAGUUUUCUGAAGAAUUUUGUCUUUUUUUUUUUUUUAGACAUGUCCGUAUUGCUGCAGAAACACUAGUAAUACUUGGUAAAUCUGUCACAUGGUCAUUGAACGUGAACGUCAUGCCCAUAUAAAUAGUUUAUCCCACUGUGAGGAUCGCUUUGUUAAAGUAGCAACUGCUGCCUUUACAAAUGUCAGUUUUUUUUGUAUAGAGUAAACAUAUGUUAAUUUUCAUCACCUAUAGGAGUAUUUUCAAAUUUAUCAUACAGUACUUCUAAAAAAAAAAAAAAAUAGUUUAAAAAAAAAAUGAAAUGGACCCUCACUUAGAUGUUGAGGUGAGGAAGAGUGCUUUGUAAUCUGAUUUUAGGUAUUUAAAAAAGUUUGGCAUGUUUAAAUUUUUUGUGAUAUUUAUAACUCGUGGUGUUCUUGAACUAAUGACGUGGAAAUAAAAAAAUAUAUAUUUAUUACCUA